AUGGAUCGUCUUCCAGUUGAAGUAAUCGGCAACAUUCUAUCCCAUCUUCGGGCUGCUAGAGACGUAGUAAUCGCUUCAACAACAUGUAAGAAAUGGCGGGAAGCGUGUUUAAAACAUCUUCAUAUGCUUUCUUUCAAUUCAGACGACUGGCCCGUCUUUCGUGAUCUAACAACGAGCAGGCUCGAGAUACUCAUCACGCAAACCGUGUUCCAAACCACAGGGUUACAAGGUUUGUCCAUAUUAAUGGAUGGAGUUGACGAGUUUUCGGCUUCUGCAGUUAUUGCUUGGUUAAUGUACACUAGAGAGACGUUGCGCUGCUUGUUUUACAACGUUCGCACAACGCCAAAUGUCAACAUUCUUGACAUUUGCGCGCGACAGAAGCUUGAACUACUUGUUUUGGCGCAUAAUUCGAUCAAUGGGGUUGACCCGAAUUAUCAAAGAUUCACUUUCUUGAAGUCACUUUCUUUAAGUUACGUUAGCAUUUCGUCGUUGGAUCUUAACUUGUUACUUGCAGCCUGUCCAAACAUUGAGUCUUUGGGCCUUGUAAGUCCGGAGAUAGCGAUCACUGACGCGCAAGUAACAGUCGAAUUAACGAGCCAAACGUUGAAGAAGGUGUAUAUUGAAGCUAUAAGUCUAGACAAGUUUACUCUAGAAGCUGAUAAUCUUGUGAAACUACAUUUAAAAGAUUGUGCACUAGAGCUUUUUGAGCUUAUUGGAAAGGGUACUUUGAAGCAUUUUAAGAUGGAUGAUGUUAGCAUUCUACAUCUUGACAUUAUUGACCCUAUGGAUGAUCUAGAAACCAUUGAUGUUAACAAUUUUACCAUCAUAUGGUCUAAGUUCUAUCAGAUAAUAUCAAAGUCUUGCAAGUUGAAACGGCUUCGGUUAUGGAAUGUGGUGUUUGAUGACGACGUUGACUUUGUUGACUUGGAGUCGAUCGCGUUAUGUUUCCCUGAAUUAAACUAUCUUGCAUUGAGUUAUGAGUUGAGAGAUGAGUUGAAAGAGGGUGUGCUUCAUUAUUGUUUGCAAGGUUCGUCGUUGAUGAAGAAUGUGACGGUUUUGGAUCUUGGAUGGACUGUUCUUGAUGAGCAUUUUUCGGAUUGGGUCGGGUGUUUGCUAGAAAGAUGUCGGAAUCUUAAAAAGAUAACGAUUCAUGGUGUUGUUUCCGAGUCUAAAACACAUGUAGAGUGUCAUAUGUUGGCUAGUUUUACUUCGUCGAUUGUUCGACUUAUGAGACGAUACAUUCAUGUCGAUGUUCAGUUUGUAUAUGAAUAA